AUGCCAGAUCCACAUCCCCAAUUCAGUCCUGCAUGUCCGUGUCCGAUACCCUACAUUCUGCAGCCAGAAGAGCGCGUCGAGCAACUCAAAGCUUGUUUGCAGACUGAUUUCGGCGAAGCCCAGCGUGUGAAUGCCGAAGCCCUCAUUCGCCUGUAUGAAAGUGGCGAGCUCGGACCACGCCAACGAUCCGAUCCCCCAGUCUACCUUAUCGAUGGACAACGAGUCGACAAGGACUCGUGGGAAGAUGCAGCUAAGACAGGAAUCAGAUGGUGCGAGACAUUAGAGUAUCAGCAGCUCAGUCGUCCGGCGAUACCCAACAUUCUGCAGCCUGAAGAGCGCGUCGAGCAACUCAAAGCUUGUCUGCAGACUGAUUUCGGCAAAGCCCAGCGUGUGAAUGCCGAAGCCCUCAUUCGCCUGUAUGAAAGUGGCGAGCUCGGACCACGCCAACGAUCCGAUCCCCCAGUCUACCUUAUCGAUGGACAACGAGUCGACAAGGACUCGUGGGAAGAUGCGGCUAAGAUAGGAAUCAGAUGGUGCGAGCCGCAGCAAAUGGCCCAGUCUGUUUCAGAAACUUUCGCUUAUUCGAACACCCUCCAUAUGCACCAGCUACAUGCUCAGAUCAGGAUAUCUCCCAGAUAUGGUGGCAUCGGAAACUUGACACGGCCUUUCUUAGUAUGCAAUGAUACUGGAAGCAACGUGCUUACCCUCUUCUCUUCCGAUCUCCAGGCACUCCAGUUCAACAUGGUACUCCACAUUGGAGCCAUGCGAGGCGUAGUGCAAGUAACAACCGCCAAUGGCCCGGCUUUCCAGCAUUCAAUGGUUAUUGACAUGCAAAUUCUCACUUCUGCCUUUGUGCCACUUACCCCCUGGUUUGAAGAGCGUGCUAUUGUGAAGCCAGACAGUCCGGGAGAUGUACGCCUCUCAGGGAAGGCCAUGCGUGACUAUUUAUUCUUUGCCACCUCGCCCGGAAAUGCCCAUCUGUACGUUGCGCAGAAAAAAGCUGGAAUUAUUCGUGAUCUCCCCGCUUGA